AUGGUGAAUAAGCUCGUGAUCGUCGCUGCGGUUGCCGUGGUUGUGAUUGCCAUUGGACUUGGCGUUGGUCUUGGAGUCGACUGGGGUGGCUCGGAUUCAGAUCAGGAGACUUCCAACAUUACACCUGCCAUUAUUGGAGAUAGCGUUUUUAUUCGAAUCACCAAUAAUGACAUGACCGAUGAAGAUGGUGGUAAUGUCAGAUCCAAGUUCUCGUACACAAUUUCCGAACCAGGAGCCUCUUUUAUUGCCAUUCAUUUUGCCAGCUUUGAUUUCAAUCGAGAGUGUACUAUGGAAUUGACUGAUGAAAAUGACUACCUAGUGGCAUCUUACACUGAUCAAGGAAGACUCAACCGUGGAAAUUUCUGGGCUCAUCACGUCGAAGGUGACACUUUGAACAUGCUCGUGUACUGCGUGCGAGCUGCUGGAGACAACAAGAGAAACUUUGUAAUUGAUGAAAUGGUCAAAGGCUUUUCAGACAAUGAAAAUUUGGAGACUUUGACUGAACCUGAUCAACGCACUGAUCCGCAAAGAAGGCUUCGUGCCGAGGAACUCUUCCCAUUCGAUUUGGACCGUCAUCGAGGUCUUGCCUUAUGUGGUGGUGAUGAUUCAAAUAAUGCCGUGUGUUUCAAGGAUUCCCACCCAGAUGAGUACAACAAGGCCAAGGCUAUUUGUCGCUUGAAGAUCGCCGGAAAGGGAACUUGCACUGGAUGGCUCGUUGGACCCAACAACCUUGUGUUGACCAACAGGCACUGCAUUGAGAGCCAAGCUGAUGUUGACAAUACUGACUUUCAAUUUAUGGCAGAAGGUGCUAACUGCGGUGAUUCCAAGACAAAAACGGCUGGUUAUGAUGUCUACGAGGGUGCUGAACUUGUCGCAGAAUCUUUCCAGAAGGAUUAUGCUUUGAUUCGUUUAGUUGGUGACCCAGCCGCCAAAUAUGGCUUCAUGGAAAUCGAUGACCGUGUUGCUACUGUGGGAGAAACAAUCUUCAUCCCAGGGCAUCCAGUUGGCCGCGCCAAGCAAUUUGCUCUAGAAGAUACCUGGCCUACAUCCGGCGCUAGCAAUGGUCGUUGCGCAGUCCUGGAUGUUGGCAGUGACAACUGUGGAUAUUCCUUCGCGUAUCAAUCAAUCCAAUAUACCUGUGACACCCUAGGAGGAAGCUCGGGUUCUCCUGUGAUUGCUGUGGAUACUAUGAAAGUCAUUGGGCUGCACCACUGUGGGCAUCUGAAUUGCGAUCUAGGAAAUCUUGCCGUACCUUUUGAAGGCCCUGGUAUCUACAAUGAUAUCAAAGAAUUUAUUGAUGCUCCAGCCCCACAAACAUCAUCUCCAACUACCUCACCACCAACUGCCGCACCAAAGACACCUGCACCAACUACUCCAAGACCUACCGAGGGACCACCUUCCACCAAUCCGCCGACUCAAAAUCCAACUGUCGAAGGCACUCUUCGUUGCUUCGCACCCAAGAUUCAGAUUCAGAUUCAACUUGAUGACUUUGCAGCGGAAACGCGCUGGGAACUUUGGCAGACUGAUCCACCUCGAAUAAUCUCUCAAGGAGGCAACUAUGAAAACAACGCAUUGAUUGAAGAAGAACACUGUUUGGCUGAUGAUGGUGUUCACUAUUUGAAGUUCUUUGACGAGUUUGGAGAUGGUUUCUGCUGCGGAAAAGGUUUCGGAUAUUACAAGGUCUGGUACAAUAACCAGUUGCUCUACCACAAUAAUGGUGAGACGGGAACAGAAACCGAGGUCGAAAUUAGUCCCCAAAUGGUUUGUCUCGAGGUCUUCUUCCAUUUGACCCUUGAGACUGAUAGAUUUGGUGUCGAAACUACGUGGGAGUUAAGGGACGACUCUGAUAGCAUUGUUGGUAGUGGGGGGCCAUACCCAGGGGCGUUUCGGCUCGUCGAGGAAUCGGUUUGCGCCACCAGUUUCGGGACCUACACAUUCACCAUGUUUGAUUCUUUCGGUGAUGGAAUGUGCUGCGAUGCUGGACAAGCAGGAGGCUUCAAGCUCUAUCGUGACAACGAAAUCAAGAUUGAAAGUACUGGCGAAUUCAACUACUUUGUCAGAUAUGAUGUGCCUUCAAUUGGAAAUGCCGAAAUCAUUGCUGGAAGUUAA